AUGCUCCAACGACAUCUCCGGCGAGAUCCCACUCUCAGUCAAGCUACGGCCUCUGACCACAACCAGGAGCCUUGUUCCGGUUUCCUACAGAGAGAAACAUUUUCUAUGGAGAUAAUCGAGAGCAUCUCGCAGGAAGACCUCCAACCAACCGUCAAGCUCUGCGUCGACGGAUUGCAGUCUUCUUCAAUUGCAGUCAAGAGGUCGGCGGCGGCUAAAUUGCGGUUACUGGCAAAAAAUCGGGCCGAUAAUCGGGCUUUGAUUGGGGAGUCGGGCGCGGUGCCCGCUCUGAUUCCGCCUCUCAAUUGCUCGAAUCCUACGACGCAGGAGCACGCGGUGACCGCGCUGCUCAAUCUGUCCCUCCACGACGGCAACAAGAGCGUGUUAACCAGAGCCGGAGCAGUCAAAUCCCUAAUUUAUGUGCUGAAAACGGGUACCGAGGCGUCCAAGCAGAACGCUGCCUGCGCGCUGCUGAGUUUGGCUCUGGUCGACGAGUACAAGCUGUCGAUUGGGGAAUGCGGCGCGAUUCCGCCGUUGGUUGCGUUGCUGAUAAAUGGCGCGGUCAGAGGGAAGAAGGACGUGCUCACGACGCUUUACAAGCUGUGCUCCGUCUCGUUGAAUAAGGAGAGAGCGGUGAGAGCUGGUGUCGGAAGCCCUAAUUUCUCUUGA